AUAUAAAAUUGCAACAUUUAAAUAAAUGGCGUAUGAUCGUAAUAUGGGUUGUAAUUACACCGAAUAUGUGUUAUUGAAUUUUCGUUGGGGGGGCUGCCUUCCCAUUAGCCCCAGCAAAUAGGAGUUUCAUUGAUCCGCGUCUUUCCCGGUUCUCACUCUCGUCCCACGGCAGGGCGAUGAGGCUGACUGAAAACCGUCUCCUCAGCUGAUGAUAGAAGCUGCUGAUGCUAGAAGCCGCUCUUCAGCUAUGUGCAACCACAGACCCAACAUGAAUUUGGCGUUUCUUGCUCUAACAGCCGCGCUUUUGGCUGCGUAUAGCGGCUUCUCUUAUUCCAGCAGCGUCCCUUCAUUCAUCCUGCCGUUCACUGACUGCGUCCAGAGCCGUGGGAAAGAGGGUUUCUACCGGGGAGCGAUAGACGUCACCGAGUCCGGCACCCGGUGCAUGAACUGGACCGAGGUGGCCGGCUUCAAGGAGCGCUACCCGGGUAAAGGCAUAGGGGAGCACAAUUACUGUCGCAAUCCGGACGGCAGGAUCCGACCCUGGUGUUUUUUUAGGAACCACAAAGGCAGAGUGGACUGGGGAUACUGCGACUGUAAACAAGGCUCUGUACGUCUGCAAGGAGGCCGCACCAAGCUAGAUGGCAGGGUGGAAGUCUAUCUGGGAGGAGUGUGGGGGUCCAUCUGUAGCGAUGACUGGGGGGACGAAGACGCUGCAGUGGUUUGCAGACAGCUGGGCAAAGGGAUCUCAGGCCGUGCACGUGCAGUACCGCUGUUUCGUCCAAGCAUGGCCAAGCUCCAUUGGAGGGCGUUGCAUUGCCAGGGAGAGGAACCAGACCUGCUCCAGUGCCCUAAGACUGCCUGGAAUGGAGGGGAGUGUUCGCUGGCUGCAGCCAUCACUUGCACACAGCAGCAAGUGGCAGUGUCGCUUCCUAUACGGCUGGUAGGAGGUCGAUCGGUGUCAGAGGGCACAGUGGAGGUCUUCCAUGCAGGGCAGUGGGGCUCCAUAUGUGACGACCAAUGGGAUGACAGCGAUGCAGAGGUGGUGUGUCGACAACUGGGCCUGAGCGGUGUGGCGAGGGCAUGGGGCCAAGCACAUUUUGGCAAGGGCUCAGGCCGUGUGUGGCUGGAUGAGGUGCGUUGCACGGGCAAUGAGCUCACCCUGGAGCAGUGUCCAAAAAGUGCUUGGGGUGAACACAACUGUCUGCACUCUGAAGAUGCUGGAGUGUCCUGCAGCCCUCUUACAGAUGGCUCUGUGAGGCUGGUCGGGGGCCCGAGCAGCUUUGAGGGACGAUUAGAAGUAUUUUACCAUGGUCAUUGGGGGACAGUGUGUGAUGACGGCUGGACAGACUCUAACACACAAGUCGCGUGCCGCCAACUCGGUUACCGAUUAGGUGAGACUCUCGUUUCUGAAGGACUAGACAUCACCCCAGUCCCACGCUUUGGAGUGGGGUCAGGUCCCAUUCUUUUGGACGAUGUGAGCUGCACAGGGAAGGAGCCGAGCCUUUUGCUGUGCCAGAGGAAGGAGUGGCUCCGUCAUGACUGCACACACCAUGAAGAUGUUAACAUCGCAUGCAGCCCUGAUCGCAAUGGAGAGAGUCUUCCGACGAGUGUGCCAGUAAGGCUUGUGGGAGGGGAGAGCCAGAGGGAAGGCCGAGUGGAGCUCUAUCUGUCUGGACAGUGGGGGACCGUGUGUGAUGAUGGAUGGACUGAUCGUGAUGCUGAGGUGGUGUGCCGACAGUUGGGAUACAGUGGGGUGGCAAAGGCCCGUGUGAUGGCGUACUUCGGGGAAGGGGCAGGGCCCAUCCACGUGGACAAUGUGAAGUGCAGCGGCGAGGAGCGUUCGUUAGCGGACUGCAUCAAACAGGCACCAGGCACACACAACUGUCGCCACAGUGAGGACGCUGGGGUCAUCUGUGACUAUGGUGAAUUGCAGCCUAGCUACAAAGAGGUCAAAGAUCCUGUCAACUCAAUUUGUGGUUUGCGGCUCGUACACACCCGCCAGCGGCGAAUCAUAGGAGGAGAAAACUCUCUGAGGGGCGGCUGGCCAUGGCAGGCUGCGAUUCGUUUGCGAGGAUCUCGAGGAGACGGGAGACUGGUGUGUGGAGCAACUCUCAUUGACACCUGUUGGGUCCUUACCUCGGCACACUGCUUCAAGAGGUACGGAAACAGCACCAAGCAGUAUAAAGUUAGAGUGGGCGACUACCACUCCCUCGUCCCUGAGGAAUACGAAGAGGAGUACGGCGUCGAUCAGAUCGUUCUCCAUCCAAGCUACCACUCCCAUAGCAACGAUUACGACCUGGCCUUGGUUCGUCUAUCGCCAGGGGCAAUGGGCCAGAUGCCGGGGGAGUGUGUGUCAUUCAGCCGUCAUGUUCUUCCCGCCUGUCUGCCCAUGAGGAAAGAGAGAGUGCUCAAACAAGCCAGCAACUGUCACAUUACCGGCUGGGGCGACACGGGCCGCUCAUACUCCAAGACCCUGCAGCAGGCCCCCCUCUCCUUACUUCCCCGUCGUCACUGCCAGCAGCACUUCCACAGUGCUUUCACCAGCCGGAUGCUCUGCGCCGGCAGCAUCCAGCUGGAGAGGCGUGUGGAUAGUUGCCGCGGUGACAGUGGAGGUCCAUUGGUGUGUGAGCGUCCGGGCGGGGGUUGGGUGGUUUACGGGGUCACCUCCUGGGGUCAUGCCUGCCGGACACAACAGUCGCCUGGCGUCUAUACCAAAGUGUCUGCCUUCAGCUCCUGGAUACGCAAAGUGAUUGGACGUGAUGACAGGAAAAAAAAAAGGCGAUGAAAGGUGAUUUAACCUCUCGAUCAGAAACAAUGAAGCUCAAGACUUACUCGAUUGGUCAGGUGACAACUGUUGCAACAUCACAUUUCUCUCA